AGUUGACGCUAGCUAACCGAUCGUUCGCAAGCUGUUCGCAAGUCACUUUUAAACGAAUAAAAAUGAACACUGUCGGCAGUGAUUAACAAAUCUACCAAGUAUUUUAAUAACCGAUCUGCAAGCGUGUGAAUAUGACAAUGCACUUUGUAGGGCACGUUUUCCACCUGGUGCAUGAAGACAGAAAUAAUGUACAUUGAGUUUCUAAUGAUUUGUUUUUUCUUGUAGAUCAUCAAAACCAAUGGAGAAAAGCCAACAUACGCAAGGAGCCCCCAGGACCGAUUCUGAGAACCACUGGCUUAAAUGCUCUUGUCGGUCUCUUAAAUGCUUAAAAAAAAACAUGUUCCUUUCUAAAUGCCAGUCUUACAAUGAUGGCUAAUUUCGUUAAAUUCUAUGUGUGCGAUUUCACCGUGUGUUGUAUGUUAUCCAGAAAAUUAAAUCGUAAACCGUAAGACUCUUAAUGUGCUUUGUGAAACCUGAAAAUUCUGCAGUUUAUCCCAAAAUCGGGAUUAUAGCUUUGUCACAUCCGUGAAGCAUGGCCCAGGUAGACAUUUACAGAAUGUACACGACUGACAAGCCGUCAAACACGUUCGACAGAUUUAAUAUUUGCUGGAUAGGGUUAACUAGCUAGCUUGCUAGUCAAAUGGCUUGGUAGCCGAAGUUGCGAACUGUUUUAUCAUACUGGACUACCAAAUAUAGCAAAUAAGCAUUAGCUGAUUACGCUUUCUGCCAACUAAUUAUUUGGUUAAGUAGGCUAAAGGAAAUAGUAAAAAUGACUUGGCUAUAUAGGAUUAUACUAUGAAAUGGGAUGCCUGCAUUUUCUGACUUCGCACAGGUGGACCGUGGACGAUGAGUUGGAGCUGUCAGGCCAAAUUUCUUCAUCCCUCCAAAUUGCUUCCCCCCAUUCACUUCUGAGGUUACGUUUCCGGUUACGUUCCCGUAAUGCGUAAAUUAACGUCAAUUAUUGCGUGGUUGCCAAGCGUUCUCUGCUGGUUGCUAACGAUGCAAUUUAAUACAAGAUGCUCACAACUGCCAAGAAUUUACUUCAGACAGCUUGAGAGGUAGAGAAGAUACAUCAGCUUCAGGAGAUCUUAAAAAAACUGUGCGGCUAAGCCUAAUCACUUCUUUACAUUUGUUCAUAUUCUCUUUACUUAUUCUGAUUAGCGAAUAGUGUUUGUAGUUACUUAAAUCCAAUAUAGUCUAACUUAUUAUUUACAUUAGAUCUAAUCUCUUGUUUUUACUGUUGUAGCUUGUAGCUAGCUAGCUACCUAGAUAGAUAGAUAGAUCGAUUAAUUUACUGAUUGAUAGAUAAUCAAACAGUGAUAAUCCGGAUUGACUGAUUGAUUGAUUGAUUUUAACAACUGGCUGUUUCGCUGUGGAACAUAGUAUUACUGAAUAAAAAUGGUUGUGUCACUAAAUGCCAUUUUUCGCUCUCUCCCAGGGGACUUAUGGUAAGGAUGUGCCAAAGAAUCUGAGGUGGGGUAUACGGUUGGCCUCAGAAAAAUUAGGUCUUCAAGGUGAUUCCCUUUACUAUGGAGACAGGAGGGUAAUUCUGACAGGAGAGGAGAAAGUGGCCGUGCUCACUGAGACCCACGCAGGCCAUUUCAGACCGAAGAGGAUGCAGGAGAAGAUCACUCCUAGGUUUUAUUGCGUGGCAUCACGCAGGACACCCUGGAUUGGGUGCGCACAUGUCCAGAGUGCCAGCGCUUCGAGAAGGUGAAGACAGAAGCACCCGAACUGAGGCCCAUCAAGCUAGUUUCCCCAUGGCACAUGAUUGGCGUGGACCUCUUUGGGCCAGUGGCGAAGUCUACCAAGGGGAACAGGUACUGCCUUACCCUACUGGACUACUUCACCAAGUGGGUGGAAACCAGGACCUUCACGAAGAAGAUGGCAGCCAAUGUGAAGGAGGCCUUGAGGGACAUCUUCUUCACACAUGGUUUGUCUGAAGUUAUCCUCACCGACCAGGGCAGUGAGUUCAAGAAGGAGGUAACCUUAUAUUUGUAAUACUACACAUUUACAUGGUUCAAGAAGGAGGUAACAAGAGAGGUGGGAGGACAGCCUCAGAGAGAUUGUGUACGCACAUAGCACCUGCGUACAGACCUCGACCAAGUACUCCCCCUUCCGCCUUUGGGCAGGAGGCACGUCUGUUUACGGAGGUAUGUCAUUUGUUUUUAUCAAAGAUUAGCUUUGCACCAAGACUAAAAGCAAGGGGAAGCAUCUAACCUAUCUCUGUAUGGCCUAUUCAGUAAUUAGCACAAUUAUAGAAGCUGUCUUUGUACUGAACGCACAGAGGUGAAAAUGGUAUUGAUCGUCUAGUCUAACUCUGGGUAAGUCAAUCAAAAAGCAUGUUUGUCAAAAAUGUUGGCAUGUUCCUUAUAUUUCACAGUGAGAAAGUGCUGUAGUUUAAUAGUUAAAAAACGGGUUUUGUUUUGUCUGUUUGCCAAAUGCUGUAAUUUCAGCUAACAUCUGACUGUCCAGAGGUAACAGCUUCUGUUGACCCAGACGAAGAUUCGGUGGAGGCCUUUGUGCAGCUCAGGGGUGGCCAAGAUGAGAAGGCUUUCGGAAAGGUGAUCUGCAAUGUGGAGAGGGCCCAGGAGAGACAGAAGCUGGCCUACCAGCGGAGGAUGAAGAGGGGAAUCAAGUGCUUCAUCAUCACCCCUGGUAUGGAGGUCCUCAAGAAGGAUGAGAGGAAGAAGGGUAGGCCGGGGCGUACCAUGGACCCAAAUUGGAGCCAAGCCACAUUUAGGGUUACAGAAGUACUGCCGAACAACUUGGUGCAGCUGGAGACCCUGGAUGGAAAGCCGCUGCGCAUAAAGACACCUUAUGCGUCAGUGAAACCUCUGCGCCAGAGGACACAACCUGGCUGGCCCACUGAGUCCACUCCAGAGUCUGCACCUUCAGGAGAUGCUGAAAUGUGCAGCUUUGAGUCAGAGGAGGCAAUGGAGGUUCACUGUCUUGUGGACCAUUCCUUCGCCACCCCCACAGAAGCCUGGGAAAAGGAUCUGCACCCUGACCAAGAACAACUGAUAAGAUCGUUUCAAUCAAAAAUGAAGUAUAUGUUUAGAUAUUUGAGUCAUCAAGUGAUAAACAUAAGUCAUUAAUUUCUUGAUUUAACAAAUGACCCUAGACAGAUUACAGCAGAGUCAUACAAAAUUAUGUUGUCUUAAGCUUGAGUAUGUCCUGGAUCCUGAGCGUCCUGCACUGGAACUGAUUGCCAAAGAGGAAGGCAUGUGUUUGACUUGAGAAGACUUCUGGUCCCUUGGGUUGUCCAGAGACAUGGACUCCACUAUUGGGAACGCUUGCCUGAGGCUUGUCCGGGAGGCUGCUCAGAGAUAUGUAUGAUUUCUUUCUCAAUGCAGCACAGCAGAGACAGUUUGCUUUUUUAGUCAUUUUGAGUUAUUAGUCAUUAGUUUAUUUGUGUAAACCUUACAUUUCCGAAUGCCUUUGGAUUCAACACCAUUACAGGGCAAAGAUGUCUUCAUUGCUGACAUGUAUGCCGUACCAACAUGGAAGCACAAAGACAACAAUCCUCUGUCAGGCCUUCCAAAGGAUGCACACCUGAAGGAUGCACUAAUCUUCCCAGCGUGGACAAACUGCAAUGGGCCAGAGCACUUCCUUCUAUGUUAACAUUGCUCAGUGCAUUAUUCCUGGAUGCUGGAGUGAGAUGACUGGAAGGGACAUGCAGGAUAUCCCACAACAGACAUCCGGGAAUGACUGUGGCAUUUUCAUGCUCAUGUAUGCCCUCUGCAUGUGUACAGAUGCUCCAUUCCACUUCAGUAUGCUGGACAUGCAUUCAAUCCGGCGGUGGUGGUGUGUCCUUCUUAUGGAGCGCUUUUCGAUAGACGGCCACGGCCAGAGGUUUGCUUUCUGGACAGAUGAGGCGAGUUGUCUGUUACAGGGCAUUCUUCAGCCGGUGUACCGGGUGGGCAAGGGAACUACCAUGGAGGUCCCAGCACAUAUCGCUGAGCGGACAGCCACCGAGCAGGCACUGGUUGACUUCAUUGUCAAGGAGCGCGGGACCGAGGAACAACUACUGGCAAUCAUCAGUGACAAGGAACCCUCCAAGUGGCUGAUGAGUUUCCAAGGGAAGUCGCCUAACAAAGUCCCAGUGUACCUUGACAAUGACGCCCAGAAGAACAGGUUGUUCAAGUAUAUGAACAGUAUAUCCUCUCCAAUUGUCAUCAGGAAUCAUAUACUGUUCAUUCUAGAGGUAUUGUUCCCAGAGGCUAUCAUCGGUGCACUUUCUGCUCUUGGGAAGAUGACCCUGCAGAAGGCGGCGGAGGAGUUCUCCACUGGCACACAUCUCCAGGAGAAGCAAGGAUAGAUUUUAAUUAUUGGUUUGUUGUAAUCAGACCCUGAUGUUACCUUGAUUUGACACCUCUUUUUAAAUCCCUGUUUAUUUUAGUGAAAGAGACAAGUUCAACAGGAAGGUGGACCAUCAUACAAAAGAAGUGGACUCUUCUAAUUCUGCUGUUUAAUUUUCUUUUUUUGCACUGUUUCUGUGUACUUUGUUAAUGUUUAUAACUGCUCUGUCAAUCUUUUCCCUUCCUCUGUUUUGUCUGUCUUUUUCUAAAUGACAAAAUCACCCCCCCCCCCCCCAUUACACUGAAUUUACAAAUAAACAUUAUUAAAACUGUG